UUUCGAAUAGCGAAACAAGAGUCGAAAAACGAAGCUUGUCGACGUCGGAGGUGCACUUGUUACUUAAAGAAUAAAAAAUAAGCAAAAAAUCCGCUGCCAACGUUUGGGCUAUCCAAUUAAAGUGCAAAAUCAAAAAAUAUAAAAACGCAAGUUUAACGUCUUCGAUUACAAGAAAAUUAAUGAUUAAUUAAAGUGCAAAAAUCAAAGAGUGUAACAUUUUUAUUCACUUCAAAGUGUCGUAUACUCCCGCAGUCCCGCAGCCGCAUAAAAAUAAGUUAAAAAAGAGUGAAAGGAUUCGUUUGAAAUUCAAAUCAAGUGUGCCGACAGCUCCGACCAUCAGUAACAGUGUUUGAAUUAUAAUUUUGAUACCAGAGUUUCAGGACUACGACGACUCCAACGUACCAGCAGCACGACGACGACGACCACGACGACGAAGAGGACUCAACGACGACAACAACAAUGAUAGACGACGAUAACAGCGAUUUGUUGGCAUCGGCUUCAGAAAUCCAACGAAAUCGACUGUAUUUUGUGGCCUUCAAAAAGAACUUUAAGCCAAAGAACACACCAAGUACGCAUUAUUUUAGCAUAGAUGAAGAUUUUGUCUACGAAAAUUUCUACAAUGACUUCGGUCCUCUUAAUAUAUGCAUGCUAUACCGUUACUGCCAGAAACUCAAUCGAAAAAUAACCUCAAAAUGGCAUUCAAAUAAAAAAAUCAUUCACUACACAUCGAUGAAUCCCGCAAAAAGAUUAAAUGCAGCCUAUUUGAUUGGUUCGUAUGCAGUCAUUUAUCUAAAUAGGACACCAGAAGAAGCUUAUCGGCCGCUGGUAGCCGGCGAUAUACCAGCUUAUACCCGUUUCUGUGAUGCAUCCUAUGGUCCAAGUGGUUAUAAAAUAUCACUUAUUGAUUGUAUAAAUGCUGUAUACAAAGCUUUAAAGGCAGGGUUCUUUAAUUUCGAUGAUUUCGAUGCUGAAGAGUAUGAAUACUUUGAACGUGUUGAAAAUGGUGAUUUCAAUUGGAUAGUACCGGAGAAAUUCAUUGCAUUUUGUGGUCCUCAUCAAAAAUCUAAAACCCUUUCGAAUGGUUAUCCUUGUCAUUCGCCUGAAACAUAUUUUGAAUAUUUUCGAGAGAAUCAUGUAACAACGGUUAUUCGAUUAAAUGCUAAGGUUUAUCAUGCAUCGAGUUUUGAGAAUGCAGGAUUCGAUCAUAAGGAUUUGUUCUUCAUCGAUGGCAGUACGCCGAGUGAUUUGAUAUUGAAAAAGUUCCUUAAUAUUUGCGAAACAACAAAAGGUGCUAUAGCGGUGCAUUGCAAAGCUGGACUUGGCAGAACUGGUAGUUUAAUAGGUGCUUAUAUUAUGAAACACUAUAGUUUCUCAGCUCUGGAAGCGAUAGCAUGGCUACGACUCUGUCGACCAGGGUCUGUAAUUGGCCAUCAACAACAAUGGAUGGAAGAUAAACAAGCUUGGCUGUGGACGGAAGGUGAACGUCAUCGAAAACGCUGGAACACCGAACCACCAAAGCAUAAAUAUGGUAUCUACUCUCAGAUAUUGAAUGGCAAGGCAAGCAAUCAGUUGAAUGACAAUUCAGAAGUUCUCCUUACGAGUCGAGUGAAAGGUAUCUCACAGAAAGUCGAUACAAUGCAUAUUAACGAUGAGGAGAACGAAAAUGGAAAUGUUCCCAAAAAGAAGGUGCUAACAACAAAAAAUGUUGGAGAUGAAGAUGAAUCUACCAGUGAUGAUGAUAAUAAAGAUGAUGAGAAACUUUUGCAUAGGGGCAGCAACGAUGUUGUUGAUAACAAUAAACUUUCCAUAGAACCUAUUUAUGCAGAAAAGAAGCUUAAGAAACCUUGUAGUAUUUUUGAAGCAGCUAACAAACAUACGAUAGCAUCGACUGUAAAGAUGACCCAGGCAGCUAUUGACAAGAAAAACGCCCAAACUCAAGGCGAUAAACUUAAUCAGAUUAAGGCAAUGCGAAGACAACAUAACUCAAGAUCAGUUAUUGUGCCAGGGACGAUUGAUUGUGAUAAUCCAGCUCGACAUACACGCGCCCGGUCUCAACCAUUUAGAAAUAACAAUGGCAACAUUGUGAAUGUCUUGAGUGGCACUUCUCUAUCGCCCCAAUUCUUAAAGACAACAAUCGAUUGUAUUGAAACAUCAACUACGCAUACAACUCCUGCGGUCGGUACAACAACUACCACUACUAGUUCCAUUACCAGUACAAGAACCAAAGGUCUUGCGUUCUAUAGCAAGAGAAUGGGCCUAAUGCACAUGCGUAAAGCGGAAGCACAACAGAGUAAUAUCCCAUCAACAUCCUUCUCUAGUUCAACCAUCACUAACAGCACCUCAUCAUCGACCUCAACUACCACCACAUCAUCCACAACCUCAACAACAACUUCUGUUGCUACUACUAAUAAUAAUAAUAAUAUAAAUAGUUCAAUGGCUGCUGGGUCUGUCCAAAAUUCCAAUCAUAAUUAUCAUCACCAGCAGCAAAUGGAACACCAUCAUCAUGAUGUGACUGCACCAACCCUUAGUAGUUUAAAUAAACAGACCAAAACCCACAACAAUACCCUUUUAUCCUCGUCCAGUGUAAUGGCGUCGAUAACCGAGAGUAAAAUUCCAAUAGUUCGCGAUGUGGACAGUGGUGGAGGUGGCCAUGCCGGCGGCGGCGGGGCAGCCAACAACAAUAGCAGCACCACCAGCGGCAGCGCCAGUGGCAGCAGCAGCAAUGUAGUGCCUCCGGCUCCGGGUCGAUCAUCAUCGAGGCUAGGUCAUCAUUUGCAUCAUAUGACAUUGCGUGGCAGAUCCCGAAUACGUUAUCGGACCUCGGCUCACAGUGUCGAACAACAACCAUCAACACAAACGUCAACUUCUUCGGUGGGUGGUGCUUCUGUAUUGGGUGGUGGAAGGUUUUAUCGUGACAGUUCAUCAACAACUGCCACUUGCGGCAACAAUACCAACACCACUUCCUCAUCCUCAGUAUUAACUUCUGUCUGUGCUUCUUCUGGUGUUCAAGUUGACCACAAUUCGAAUCCGAUCAGUGUUCCGCCAAUGACUGCUUUGACGGGGACAACGGGUGUAAGCCAGAAAUUGCUAAUUGAUGAUAACAAUCUCUCUUCUUCCAGCAACAAAUCUAACAACGGUGUUGUCUUGGAAUUGAAAGCUGCCAACAACACAGGUGGUGUUUCAUCCUCUCCUCAUUCUCAAUAUCACUCACACCUGCAUUCUCAUCAAAAUCAACAUCAUCAACCAUCUGGUAUUCCAGUAAAUAAUAACAUUACAAAACGCAAUAAACGCUCCCUAAGUAGUACACGAAUAGAAAAGGACAAGUGCGAUGAGUAUAACACAAAGUUGCUGCGAAAGACUGCCAAUCAAAGUGGAGCUAACAAUAAUAAUAAUACAGCAACAAGCGGUUCAUCCUCAUCGGGCACAACGUCUACAACUUCGUAUAGAACUGGCCAUUAUAAUUAUCAUCAUCAUCAUCCACAUGGUGCCAUAUCUGUUUCGGCAUCAACUUCGCCCGCACCAUCAGUUGUAAAGAAUUCCUCACUGACCCGAAGAUUAAUUGGACCUGGAUCAGUGAUGGAUUCUUUGCUACUACAUGCUCAUUCGUCGGCCACAGCUGUGGCGACGGCAGCCAGUAGUGGACGUAGUAGUUCAAAUAAAUUUGUAGAAUCGCCACCGGAUCCACCACUGCGGCAGUCCCUAUCGCUGAAAUUACGCAAAAAGGUCAGUUAUUAGGGUCUAAGCGGCAGUAGGAUUUGGAUAAAUUUAGAUUGUUUAAAUGUUUUGUUUAUUUGUAUUUGUUUUUGUUAAAAAAGUUUUAUUGUUUUAAUUUUUGUAGGAAAGUACUGAAGG